GCUUAUAACGUCACUACAGUCUGCCACCUAACGGAAGCUGCGUUAUGUAAUUGCUUACCUGUGGUAUGACUUGUAUCACAGCUUUUGUAUGUAAACAGUUAACGCUAUGUUAGUAUCUACCAAACUACCACCAAUUUAGAAUGGUUGGAUUAAUCUUAUGUUCUGUAAUACUUUUAUCAUGUGUUUUAUUCACACAAAAGUAUUUAAGAGGACAAUGUCAGCUGCCAUUUUUCGGUUUGUCUGCAAGUGACAACGCAUUGCUGGUAAUUAGUCAUCCAGAUGACGAAUGUCUCUUCUUUGCACCAACCAUACUUGCAUUGCUUGAAAAGAAAGUUACGGUUCACGUUGUAUGCUUGUCCAGUGGUAACUACUAUGGCCAGGGAGAAAAAAGGAUUUUGGAAUUCCAUUCAAGCUGCUUAAAACUGGGUCUACAACACAGUAAUGUUCAUUGUUUAACAAAGUUUCACGAUGGCCCAAACCGUACCUGGAGCUCAGAAGAAAUUAGUGAGGUUCUACUGGAGUAUUUAAGUAAAUCAAAAUCAAAAGUUUUGCUCACUUUCGAUGAAAGUGGAAUAUCUGGUCACCCCAAUCAUAUUGCUGUUAACUCGGCCGUAAAGUUUAUGAUGAAGCGUACACUGUCAGCUUCUUUUACACCAUUUGUGCUUGAAACUGUACCUAUUGUUAGAAAAUACCUUCAAAUCUUUGAUAUUAUUCCCACGAUUAUAUUUCUGAACCAAUCUCAAGUUGUUGUACUCUCAUCGUUUGCUGAUUAUUUUAAAGCAGUAUCUGCCAUGCAAUGUCAUAGAACUCAGUUAGUUUGGUUUCGUUGGUUAAUUGUGGCCUUUUCUAGAAAUAUGCUCAUAAAUACAUGGUCAACUGUGGAACUAAAUGAAAAGUAAUAAAAA